AUGAUUUGUGACGGAGACUUACAGCCGUUGCAUCACCGACCUUAUGAAGGCUUGCGCAAGUGCGCCUGCUCGCUCCGAAUCGCUGACUCGUUGUUUGUGUGGAAAAGAGAUCCUCGUAGGGGACAGCUGACUCCUUGAGAAGAUCCUUGUUGUGCAACCUCCGUAUACUAUCCACGGUGGUAAACCAUAUACCGAUUAAUUCACUGACAUCUUGGAUAUCGAGGGGGGUUUCAAGCUUUUUCAUCAUUCAAAUCAAUUGAGAAACAAUUUGAAUUGAUCGACGAAGUCUUGGUAUUGAAAGAAUUCAUUGGUUUUUCGGGGAGUUUGUUAAAUUAUAACAAAAAAGUCAGAAAAAUAUUUAUCGUCAAUUCUUAAUGCACUGGCUACUUGUUUUCUAUCAUCCUGAAUUUUCUUCUAUCUUACUUCUGUUAUGAUGCAAAGUAUAGAUGGAGAGUGACAGGUUUUUCAUCUUUUUUAUGUUAAAUGAGAGGAAAGAAAAAACUGAAGGAACAUAGUUAAUUAAAUUUGAAAUCAAAACUGGCUUGCACCGAAGCGAUCAUUUUCUGAAGGCAGUUAUGCUAUUUUGAGGCUUUUUUUUUAAAUUUAAUCACUACCAAGUGACAUUUUAAAUAGUUUGACCAGCACAUGCAGAAUAAAAUAAAUUUUUUAAAAAUUUUUCAAUUUUUUAAAGUACCUUGCGUCAUUUAUUUUGAAGGGAGUACUUCAAGUUUCACCAACCCGAGAUAAGGUAAACUAUGAGAAAUGAUCGAAACCGAUUUCAAGAGAUAAAGUUUGAUGAUUUCAAGAGAUAAAGUUUGAUUGAUUCCUGGUUACUGGAAGAGGAUCACCGAAGACGGCUCGCGCAAGAGCCAAUCAACAUCGAAUGAAGAUGAAAGAGACCAUAUGGGUGAUACUGGAUGACGCAACGCCUUCCGAGAGUGAAGCGACUCGGAAGUAAAUGAUCUUUUGUCUUUAAACAGACCGCCAUACUUGCGCAACAACUCGAGGACAACCGCGCAAACACUUUCCGACUUUCCGAGGGUCCCAAUUAUGACAUUCUAAUAUAUUUUCAACCGUUAAAAUUACGUUAAAUUUUCUUUCCGCUUGUAUACAAUAAUUUGACGGUCUCAGACUGACACAAGCAACUUUUUUACAGUGUUAAAAACACUUCUCAGUUUUUGGAUCGGGUUUCAGAACCCCACAAAAUAUGGAGGUGCUUACCACAUGCUUAUGAAAUAUGUCCAUUCCAGUUGUCUUUUAUUCCUCACUCAAUAUCAGGAAAUUCGUCCUGAAUUAACUACAGAAAGAAGAGAUUUUUAGAGAAUUGCAAUGAAGCUUCAUUUGAUCAUGAAGUUAAACAUUUUUUUAAUUUUGAAAAGGUUUUUUGGCAACAUCAAGGUGUUAACGAUUGAAAAGUGAAUAUUUCUCUUAAUCUGAGCAGUUUCGUCUGAUUUUUUUAAGUUUCUUUUGUCAUUAGAUUCUCAGAAAUCAUCUUUUUUCAUUAUAAGAUCAAAAAAGCUUUACAAUCUUGUUAAAAACAUGUUUUGCACAUAAACUACUUGAUUUCAAGCCAAACAAGACUUUGACCUACAAUUUACUCAAAAAAACAAAAUCCCAUUUCUUGAAAUCAUCUGUAAUCAAGAACUAUACAUACGCAUUCAGUAGAAGUACAUAACUUUGAGCUGAAAAGACUUUCAAGGUUUCAAUGAAUAGCCACUCUAGAAAAAGUCCUAACCGAUCGACUUUUCCAGCAAGCCAUCCAAUUGAUCAAGUUUUGAUCACCCAAAAGAAAGGCGCGAGAUUUAAAAGAGAUGAAAGUUGUUGGAUGCAACGCAUUUUUUCGUUCACACUCAUCGGUGUUUUCCCGACUUCGCCACCCAACAUGGACUUUGAUCUUGAACUAACGGUGAUUUUUUUCUUUCAUAAUGUGUAGUUUAUGGUUCUGGAAUUCCUCGAAAGCCACAGUCAUAUACCUGAUUUCUUAACGCUCAAAUAAGAAGUUUACAGCCAAUCAAGAACGCUCAAUUUGACGAGGACGCGGAUAUUCUGGAUAUAAAAAGGUGUGAAGUUUCCUAAAUAACUUUAUUUUUCCAUUUAAGUUUGCAAGUGCUUCAAUGUUUUUUUUCAAAUUAUCUGAUGAGGUUAUAUGAAAAAAUUGGCCGUUUGUAGCGAUUUAGUGAUAACGGUCCACAAACUACCCGACAUAUCUUAUGUCGUAUUCAAUUUGAUUCCGCGAAAUGCAAAAUUAUCUCCUACUUUAGUGAUCCUUUUCUUUCUCUAACGGGUACUUUGCGUUUCGCGGAAUCAAAUUGAACACGGCAUUAUCUUUUUUUGGAGAUUAUGAAAGUAUCUGUACAAGGAAAACCACACCCGAAUAAGGCAGGGGUAUCGCAAUCGUACCAUUCUAUUGAAGGGACCGAAGCCUAGAUAUGGUAUCAUGAUAUCUAGCUGCGGACUAACCUGAACCAAUCUGCCUAUCCCGGCUCUGUAGAAAAGGAAAGCUUGUUGCAUAUGAAAGAAAAGGAAGCUGCUCACAGGCCUCUAGCGCUAGCCUAAGGCAAUCAUGAUGAUAGCAAAAGCUCUAGGAAGCAGCCUUACUUUUCUUUCUAUCAAGUGAAAAAAGGUUUUUUUUUUCUUACCGACCUUUUAUACGAAGUACUAACCCAAAAUUUUUCAGCUUCGACUCGGAAAACAACGUGGCAACCAACCUCGAUGUGUCAGAACCACAUAUCCACGAACCUGAGUUCAAUAAUGAAGACGUCGAAGAGAUAAAACAGAUGGAGACAGGCGAAAUUUUGUGUAUGGCUAAACUUAUAAUUAUUUGAAAAGUAAUUUAUUUCUAGAUUUCGGAGAAGCAGACCAAUUAUCCAAAUAUUCUCUCCAGAAUGUCUAUGAAAAUGGCGAGAAAGGUUUUGGAAAUUUUAUUUUUCUCCUCUCACAGAAAUUUUAGAAAACGGCGUGAGCCUCAGGAGUAAUAUACAAGAGACGCCGAAAAGAUCGAACGUUAUCAAUGAAAUAGAUCGAUCUGACUAUAAUGGUAAAUUGGAAGUUUUUGUUUUUUGGAAAUCGAACUGAGGCUUCAGACAAUGUCGUCGAGACCGACAAGUUAGAAGAGAUACGAGAAACUCCCAAGUCUUCUGUCAACUUGUGUGAAACUGGAUCAUCGUACGCAAUCAGGUUUCUCAAGCAGAAGAGUUUCUAAAAGAUUUUUUUUUCCUUUAGGCUUUUGACGUGGUUCUACGUGUUUAUGCUGCUGACAUGGUUCCUCGCCUACGAAACAGCCAAAGCUUUCUUUAACAAAGUCGCUUCACUUAAAAAUUCGCAGGUUAAAGAUAAAUUAUAG